GAAUGACAAUCGCAACAGUCAUCCGCCUUAGGGACUAAAUUAGCGACGAAUUAAUCAUGAAAAGUUGGAAGAUUAGACGUAUCUGCAACCAGCUCAAACGUUUAUAAAAAUCAACUGCUGGGGAUCCAAGCUGAGAUCGGGCGCGGAUUUCAAAUGACAACUGAUCGUAAUAUAUUUUGCCUUGUGGCGUUUGCAUGAUGGUUCACACACGCGGUAAUCGUACAUUAAACUCUGUGAGUUGUUGUCUUAUGUUCAAAAGUCCAAUUUUUUUUUAGCGUGUUUGUACUGUACAUUGAUAUUGAUAGGGAGGGUGUAACCACUUGUUUUUUAAUUAUUUAUCAUUGGUUAUGGUCAGUAAUUUCUCUCAGCUCAUACUUUGUUGUAUUAGUAGAAAUCUACGAGCAAGGAUGAAAUACAACCAACUGGGAACAAGUACACACCUUUGAGUUAUUGAUGUCAGACUCAUUCAUGAAUGAGUUGCUUCCGUCUAGAACCGAUCAUUUGAGAGGACAUUCGAAGAAAGUUCAAAAACCGAGAUCAAACCGUUUACGUCUGGAGUUCCGUUUCUCGCACCGAGUAGUGAAUUACUGGAAUUCUCUACCGGAACACGUAAUAUCAGCACCGUCUGUUAAUAUAUUCAAAACGAGAUUGGACCUCCACAGUAUUACAAACUGCAAGGAUUAAUAUAGGUCGACAGACCUCCUAUCCUUAUUACUGAAGACUGAAGACUGAGUUUCUGCUCAGAAACUACAUAAAUAGUUCAUGUCGUAUUGUGUAUAUAACUCAUAGGUUCAUAUCUGUCACAAAUUUCAUGUUAGCCCAUAAAGACAUAUAUUCUACUGUGAAAAUGUUCUGUCAGCAUUUCUGUGCCUGAGUUACAGUAACCGCGUUACUUGUUCAAUGGAAUUGUCUUGUAUCUCAAUUUCUCUAGUCGUAUCCUCGACAUCAAUCUUUUCUGAUACCACUGAUAGUCUUAAUAUCUUUGCUACUCCGGGACUUCCUUUAAUGACUUCAUCUCCGUGCUUAUGAGGUAUGGCAACUUGGACCGAUGUACAUGUAUCAGGUCCUACCUUGCGGACAUUUAUCUCAUGUUUUCCCACUUUUUAAGCCGUAAGGUAUGCAGGCUCAAACAGAUUAAGAUGAUGGCUGCUGAUUCAGUGUUCAGUGUAGUAAUGAACACGUUUAACUUAGCAAUGAUUUCCCUAAAAUGUUAAUGUAAGUAUAGGGAUUGUAUUGUCCGUAUCCCACUUAACAGCGUGCAACCAGUGUUUAGUUACCUCAUCCUUGAUGUAAUUUGCACAACACAGUUAUCUUGUCACGUUCAAAUCUGUCUUCAAACCAUUGCAAGUGCUCUUAACAAAUUUUCAGAGAAUCGUAUUCCCAUUUGUAACAUGGUCUGUGUCAUAAGUCUCAUGUGUAAUGAUUUUGUCGCUGUAGAUCUGAAAUAUAUUGUUUUGGUACCGUAUAUAAUGCAUUUAAUACCAGCAAUUUACGUUGAACGUGUAAUUCAAGUAGUGAAAUAGAGGAUUAAUGUUUCUUUCUAACAGUAGGAAUUAUUACCAGUAGUCUGUUAUGAACAUUAACUUUUUUCCAUGUUGGACAAUGCAUUAUGGUAAAGCUGUUGCGUAAUCGGCUUGAAGGGUUGUGAUCUCAAGCUCGUUUGGCGGUAUGGUACAUGGUUACGGUAGAUUAGUUUUAACCCAAUAGUGGGAUUUGCCUAGUAUCUUGGGAGCAGGCGAUAUCAUUUGGUUCACUGUCUUCACGUAUUUUCAAGUCAUCAGUAUACAUUGGUGUUUUAAAGAUAAAUAAACCUCGGGAAUUACUGAUAGUAAUUGCGACUAAUAUAUGGUUAUGCAUCAAAUUAUGGGGAGAUUUCAUCCAACAUAGUAAUUCAUUGAGGGUUAACAGCCGUAACAUUAACGUUUACUUGUGAUUAGUUCAUAAUUGCACCAACAUGUGCCCUUUAUACUAUCCAUUAGUUCUUGACAUCAGUAUGCAUGAACAAACAAGAAAAGCUACUUUGGUGUUAACCGAGUGAUGGUGAGGUACGUCUGUAUCAAUAGAAUCACCUUUGAACCCAUUCAUUUGAAGAUGAUUAUGAUUCAGCAUACAAUACACGUUUCCUAUCCACUUUCAGCUUGUUUACACUUGCUAACUUAAUGCUGUUAUAGUUCUAUAGUGCAUAAGAAACAUAACUGUCGUAACUCAAGUCUAUUAUAUGUUCACUAUGAUUAUGUUUCACAAAUAACAAAGGUUGUGUACCGGUAGUUAAUAUCAUUGUCCACUUCGCCGAGAUUGUCAAUAAACUACUCAGUAUUUGAGUACAGGUUUGUAUAUUACGGUGCGAAACUCCUACGACCACUUGUGCCAUUAGUGCUACUGAUUCUACCAAUUUUGAUAAUCUUAUCUGCCCGUGCUUAAACAAUUUUGGAACUUGAACUCCUGCACAUUAGUACCAGGUCUAUACUUUGCUCAUAACUGACCGAUUGACCUAUAUGAACCACACGAGGUCUGUCAAUGUUAUUUGGCCAGUCAUACUUUAGUCAAUAAAAGACGUCUCAAUUUAUGAGUGAUUGGAUGAAGACCGUCUAGAGUACCAAUGUAACAUACAUUAUUAAGUUGUAAAAGGUCGACUAUAAUGAUUGACUGAAGUGUCAAAAAAUAAGAAUUUUCUGUGGGUAAUAUACGAAGAAUCUUGUAUGGAUUCUUGUAUAUGAUAUGUGCUGGCAAUUACAGGAGCUCUGUCUGUACGUUUUAGAUUAAUAUAAAUCAUCUUAAUUCUAAUCACAUCUUUCCUUCACUUUAUACCCAGAUGUAUUUACUUUUUCAAUAUUAGCCUUCAUCCAUUACCGUAUGCCAACUUAGGCUUGAAAGAAAUUUUAAAAAAAUUGCCAAUUUCACACAAGUUCGUGUUUGGAAAAUUUCUAAUUUGACAGGUUGCAUCCGAAAUCCUGGUUAGUGACAAUGAUGAUCUGUUAUCAACGACUUCGGAUUAUCGCGUCUCAUCGAAUCGUUCCCGAAAACCAUUUACAAAGAAAGAAAGUCUUGCUAUACUGAAUUAUAUUCAAGAUAAUAACUUACUAUCGGCGAAAUCAAAGAACGAUUCAGAACAUACUGGUAUCAAUGAACGUCCAAUUAAGCUUUCAGUGGGAUUGUUUGUUUUCUGAAAGUCAAAAUGUUGUUGUAAAAACUUUCAGUUCUUUCUUUGAUUGUUAAACAAACGUUCAACUUACAGUCAUUUAGAAGCUGUUAAGAUUUCAAAUCACCGUGCAGAAAGCAUACGCAGUCAUGUUCGACACGUUUUGCUUCCUAUGCUUAAAAAUCUUCCGGUUCAGGCAAAUAAAAACAUUGAUAGUAAAAUUACCACCAAAAAUGAUGAGUGUAAAAAUCUUGACAAUAAUCAAACUUUGAGAAGUGGUUUUUAUCGUAUCGGACGACAGCGAUAUACUUUGAUGGAGGAUGAAGCGAUAAUGAAGUAUUUGUUGGAGAAUAACCUAUGGAGGUAUGGGACAUAUAUUACUUGCCUUCUAUUGUUUUGUACAACCGUGAACUGUGAAUUCAACCUUUUGGAGUUCGUUUAUUUUCUUGGUUAAAAUCUUAAUUUCUGUUAAUUGGCUUAGUUUCGUUUAGUGAUAUAAGGUAAAUUAUGAUUGAGGACUGAAUAACUAAAUAUUCAUUCUGAGAUCCAACUGUUUUUGAAUGUAUCGAAAGUCGCCACGGCUUGCUUGAGGCAGGAAUAAGUUUUCAGUUUAUAUAGCUCGAUGGUGUCGUCUCUACAGGAAGGUCUGACCACUAUGUCAAGGUGGUAGCUGCUGUCAGAUAUUCCUUGUUACUAAUAUUCUGUCCAGUGAUUCCUAGUUUUAAUCGUUGUCUAAGGUAAUUACGUGAUGUAAAGUAAAAAAGUUAUAGAAGACGAAGAUUAUCAUUAUCGAAAUUUAUCAAAGAGACUAAUUGUUUUAAAAAAAAUUAUAGACUCCUAACCAUUGGUUCGCUCAAAAUGUAGUCAUUGUUAUAUAUAUGAUAAAUACUAAUUACUUUUACGUGUAAAUUAAUCGUGCAUUAUUCUUUAUGAACAUAUGUGUAAUUGUCUCGGAGUUCCUUAUAAGUUAAAUGUGUUUUCUGUUUAAGGAGCCUAAAAACGCGUACAGUAGGGCAUUGAAAAAUGCGUCACGCAAAUGAGUCGAUUAUAUUUUGAAGAAAUAAAAGAGGAAGGAUGGGACAGUUGAUAGGUAAUGGCGCAAACAUAGUAUUUCAUAAGAGAUAGGGGUCAGUUAAAAGAAUACGAUCAAGAAAGACUUCGUUCUCCUAAGCGAGUUAUGCUAACUUCUCUUAGCCAUGUAUGUGAACGUCUAGAGCACCACAACCGAAUUCGGUAAUAUUGAGAGUUCCAGCCUAUUCCAAGUGGGGUACCAUAGAAGAAUCUGCCGGAAGUAAAGGGAAUCCCUAAACGUCGUAGAAAGAUUUCUUGCUGACGCUUAGUACUUCAAAAGUGAACUACUUUCACGCGAUAUUAAUGAGCGUCUUCGUUGAAAAAUUUCGUCAAAUAUAUGUUAUGUUUUAUCUCAUAGUUGUUAUUUCCACACUCAAUAUUUCAAUCUAGGCGGGUAAGAAGUCGCGCUUUAUGGAAAGAGAUGGCAAAGGAAGGUGUAACUAGCCAUUCAUCAGAAUCAAUGCGGGCGCGCUUCCGUCACCAUUUAGUGAAUUCAGUGUAUGCGCGUUUACUGAAAUCACUCACAAAAAACGAGCAGGUCGAACUUCAUAAUAUCUUCUUUGGAGGAUCAAAGAGAUAUACCAAUCCGAUGGAGGAAAAUAAAUAUAAUGAUGCACUCAGUGAUGAUGGUGCUUGUCACUCAUCUUAUUCGAUUGAUGAAUGUAGUCUGGACUUGAAUAAGUCUAACACAAUUACGACAUAUGUGCUUUUCAAUCAAUCACAAAAGAAUCACUUAGACAAAUCAACUAAUAAAGAGACUUCCCCGACAACUGUUCAACGUGAUAAAUUCGGGGAUGUAUUACCAGAUCCUACGAAAAGUAAGGACUUUUUUUACAGCACUCAAUAUCUUCAACAACAGUUAUGAUCUGUUUCUAAAACGUAAAUUAACACAAUUCGUACACAAAUGCAUCGUACAGUCGAUUGCAAAGGGAGUAAUAAACACGCCUAUCGAAUAUUAAUAGGGACACGAAAUGAAUCAAUGAAAGUGCUAGUUAUGUGUAUAUAAAGGGCUGAUGCACUUUCAUGAUCGGUGGUUAAAUAAAAUGGAUAAUAUUAAUAAUCACUCUGAGACUAAAUGAGUCGUAAGUUGCAGGGAUUCAACCCAAAUAUUAUUGGUUGAUUCAUACUUAUCGAUCAUGGUUAACAGCCUUUGGUUUGUAGCUUGUGAACAUCAUGGCUUAUUUACUCAGCGAAUAAUAUAUUACUUACUUACUUACGCCUGUUACUCCCAAUGGAGCAUAGGCCGCUGACCAGCAUUCUCCAACCCACUCUGUCCUGGGCCUUCUUUUCUAGUUCCAUCAAAUUCUUGUUCAUUUUUCUCAUGUCUAUCUCCAUUUCUC